UAUAUUGUCAUCCAUCGUCAAGCACGCACCAUCUGGCAUCAUAUUUAUGAUCUUUUAAUUUCUUUCUUCUCUACACCUUUCUUUUUUCUUCGCCGCUACUUCCACAACGAACCAUGCAGAACCUCCUCCUCUCGCAGCCGACAUACGCCCUUCUUCCGCCGCCGCUCUCCGCCGUGCUGCUUCUGCUCGCCGGCCUUCUCUUCGGCCUCUCCUUGCAAUGGAGCGGCCGCCGUGCUCCAUUAUCCGGUAAACGCGAACAAGGACGGCGGCGUUUGCCACCCGGCUCCAUGGGUUGGCCUUACCUCGGAGAAACACUCAAGUUCUACACUGAAAAUCCCAAUUCCUUCUUCUCCAAUAGACUCAAACGGUAUGGGAACAUUUUCAAGACUCACAUACUAGGUUGUCCAUGCGUGAUGAUCUCGAGUCCUAAAGCAGCAAAGACAAUAUUGGUGAGCCAGGCUGAGCUUUUCAAGCCAACAUAUCCACCAAGCAAAGAGAAGAUGAUUGGACCACAGGCUCUCUUCUUCCACCAGGGCUCUUACCAUUCCAACCUCAAGAAAUUGAUUCUCACAUCUUUCUCGCCCGCGGCCAUCCGCCCAUUGGUCCCCCAAAUCGAGCAAAUUCUUCUCAAUUUCCUGCCCUCUUGGUGCAAUAAUAACUCCAUCAACACUUUGCAACAAAUGAAAAUGUAUGCUUUUGAGGUGGCGAUGAUUUCUGUAUUUGGAAGUGAAAAGGAGUUGGAGGUGGAAAGUAUCAAACAAUUGUACCAAACGUUGGACAAAGGUUACAACUCAAUGCCUUUGAACAUCAUAGGAACACCCUUUUACAAAGCAAUGAAGGCGAGGAAACAGUUAACCGAAACAAUAAAGAGGCUAAUAGAAAAAAGAAGAGAGAAGGAGGACAAUGGUGGAGGCUUAUUGGGGGCUCUGUUGAGAGCCAACAACGAUGAGAGUGGUAAUAUCAACAGCAAAAACCAAAGACUCAGCGAUUCACAAAUAGCAGAUAACAUUAUAGGAGUAAUAUUCGCAGCUCACGACACGACAGCCAGUGUUCUUACGUGGCUCCUCAAGUACUUGCAUGACAACCUUAAUGUCUUAGAAGAUGUCACGAGGGAACAAGAAGGAAUUCGUAGCAAAAUCGUCGAAGGAACUGAGGGGCUCACGUGGGAUGAUACUCGACGCAUGCCGUUGACCAUGAGGGUGAUUCAAGAAACGCUAAGAAGGGCAAGUAUUCUGUCAUUCACAUUCAGAGAAGCAGUGGAAGAUGUGGAAUUCGAUGGCUACUUCAUACCCAAAGGUUGGAAAGUCCUUCCACUCUUCAGAACCAUUCAUCACUCACCGGAUUUCUUCCCUAACCCCGAAAUCUUCGACCCAUCACGAUUCGAGACGUCACCUAGUCCCAAUACAUUCAUGCCAUUUGGGAAUGGAAUGCACUCUUGUCCAGGAAAUGAGCUUGCCAAGCUUGAGAUGCUGCUUCUCCUUCACCACCUCACCACUAGUUACAGAUGGAGAGUAAUUGGAGACAACGAUAGCAUACAGUACGGACCGUUUCCUGUACCACAAGGAGGCUUACCAAUCAAAGUUUGUCGAAGAUAGAAACAUAAAUAUAUAAUGAGUUAAUUCCAUUUUUGGUUAUAAAUUUAUGGGUGACAGUGAUUUUUAUUUAUUUUUUAUCAAAACAUUCACAUUUGGUCCUA